AUGUCUGAUCUCGAUAGAAAACCUCAAGGAUUCAGCGGAUCCACAGGUGUAGCUGGUGAUUCAAACAUCGAUGACCCUUGGGCUGACGGGACCAGCAAUACCCAAAAUCAAGGCGAAUCCAGUGGUUACAAAGGCUCUUCAUACGGAGGAAGCGACAAUCGUCAACAAGGACAUUACUCUUCAGAAAAUCGUCCCCAGGAAAGAAGAGGCUACAGAGGAAACCGUAGAAGAGGCCAAUUCAAGCACUAUGGCGACAAUACCCAUGAAAAUAACAGAACUUAUCAAAGCCAUGGUGAUCGCGAUGAAGAACAAUGGGGUUUCAGAAAAAAUGAGACUCACGAGGACAGAAAUGUGGAAAAUAGAAGGCAAAAUCAGAGAACUAACGACGCUUAUCACAACCAACAGAGAUAUCAUAACGAAGGCCAUAGAGAUGAUCGUCAGCAGAGAUACCAUAAUGAAGGCCGUCAGCAAAGAUACCAUAAUGAAGGCCAUGGAGAUGAAAAUCCACAGAGAUACAACAGAGACGAACAUCAGCAGAGAUACAACAAUGAAGGCCAUAGAGAUGAACGCCAGCAGAGAUACCAUAAUGAAGGCCAUAGAGAUGAGCAUCAGCAGAGAUACCGCAAUGAAGAGCAUAAAGAUGAACAUCAUGAAAUAAAAGAAGAUUCAUAUAAUGAAGGAAGAGGCCGUGGCAGAUAUAGAGGGAGAGGAAAUAGAAGAGGCGGAUAUAAUAACAACUACAGAGGUCGUCCUUAUACAUCUCAUGAUCAAGUCAGAAAUCAAGAAACUUCAAAAGAGCACUCUGAUGAGCACCAAAAUGAAGACAGGCCAUCAACUUCAAACCAAGAACGUAAUUAUUAUGGAGAUAGGCCACGCAACAAUGACCGUAGAAAUCAAAGAAGAGGAAACCGUGGAGGCUAUAAUAAUCGAGACAACAGACAAUAUGAAAGCCACGAAGAAAAGCCUCAUGAAAGCUGGGGAGAAACUGAAGGCCAGCAGCACUACAAACCGAGGUCUGAACAAUCUUCUACCAAGCAACCUCCUGCGUUUACCCAAGUCGGUUCUUUAGAGCCUGAGCUCAGAGGCUUUAACAUCAAAUGCAAAGCAGCUUCUGAGCCUUACCAAGUCCAAGUAAAAACCAGAUCGAACACUUUUACAGCUUGGGAAGUCUUAGUCGGUGACGAAACUGGGUGCAUAAAGCUGCAGCUGCCUAGUGAAGACGUUGCCAGAACGAUCAGGAUUAAUUCUUCAAUCUUCGUAAGGAAUGGCAUUAUACUUAUGAGACAAGAGAGCUACAUGAUACUGCUAAUCAACAAAUGGGGAAAGGUCGAAGUGUCAUCUACUGAUUUUGCUUUUCAAGUAAACAAAGGCAAUAACAUGUCUGAAGUUGAAUAUGAAAGAACAUCUUAA